GAAUUCAAUGUUGGAAUGUAGAAAAUCAAAGCCAAUGACUGGGAUGACACCCUAAAUUCCACAAAGUCAUUUUCUCUUUAUUGAGGCUGAAGAAUCUCGCUACAUUAUUUAUUCAAGUCGUCCAGUCCUUUCACUUUUGGACUUCGCCUAUGAUCCUUUGGUCAUCGUCGAUGCUCUUGUAGUGUGAUUGCACUGCAAUUUCACAUGGUCUGAGAGCAAUGAUGGUGAAGAACGGCGUCGAGAGAAAGUGGCUGGCGAUAGCAGCGGCAGCAUAUCUGCUCAUCAUGGUGGAUCUAUUGCCUUCACCAACGAAUGCAUCUUUGCUUCCAGCUCAACAUGUUCCUGAUGCCCCUGGUGGAAGCGAAGAAGGCAAGACGGGAUUGCCAAGACAAGCAAUAGGUGGUGGGUUCAAACUCAAAGGGGCAAUUAGUCUUGAUUCCUAUGUUGAUUUUGGGAAGAAGAAGAAGAAGAAAGCAGUGGAAUCGCGGAGCCUGAGGGAGAGUCCCAUCGUGUCUCCGCCCUCGCCGCAUCCUAAUAUUCGACACUCCCACGAUGUUCUGGCCCCUCCUGGUGUCCCCAUCUAAUAACUUAGAAAUCCAUAUCGACCAUGUAAUUUUCCUUUCUUUUCCCAUGAAAUGUCUAUGCCAAGUCAUUAUCAACGCUUGUUGAUCUCUCUAAGGUAUAUUGUGUUCCGCUACUUCCAGAAGUAAAGGCUAAACCUUUUUGAAAAUUUGUCAAUGUAGUCAUUCCCAGUAAAAUGACUUUUUUUUGGACAAUCUAUCCCAUUUCCUGACAUAACAAUAUAAUCUCUUCUACUAG